AUGGUUGCCGAGUACCUCACUAUCCGCAACAACACCUCCACUCCACUUGUCCUGAAGCGCAUUGAGCGCUUCCAGGCACCGGAGAAAUAUGCGUUCUAUGCCUUCAGUACAAUGGCCAGAAACGUCACCCAGGUCUUGACCAACCAAACCCGCAGCCUCGAGGUCUCCCCAAUCGAACAGGACAGCCGUCCCUUCGAGGAAAAGAAUGUUGACAUUAAACUGGAGCCAUUCGCACUGAAGAAGACCGAGCUACGCGCCUUUGUCAACUCCGAAAAGGAGCGCAUGCGUCUACUCUUCGAAGUCGAAGGCCACAAAUACCAAAUCCAAGUCCCAGUACCAACAAAAGAGUCCGCAGAAAUGAAAGCGCUAAGCGAGAACCCCAAACACCGCUUUACCGGCGUCUCCGUGGCCCCAGAAUCCUUAUUGGCAAUAUUCUCGUCCGCAAACCUGAACGCCUGGAUGCGCGAGCUCCGCGACGACAUCCUCGUCUCUGCGCUCUCAAUCCCAGGCACGCACAACUCGCCCACAUGCUACAUCGCGCCGCCCUCGGUGCGCUGCCAGGCCGUGAGCCCGAAAGAGCAACUCGAGAACGGCGUGCGAUUCUUCGACAUCCGCGUGCAGCCGCAGUACCCGGAUGACGCGGCGCGCGACGAGCUGAUCCUCGUACACAGCGUGUUCCCCGUCUCGCUGACGGGAAACAAGUACUUCCGCGACCUGAUGCGUGAAGUCGACGGGUUCCUCGAGCGCAACCCGUCCGAGACGCUGAUCGUCUCCGUUAAGCGGGAGGGAACCGGUAACGCGACUGACGAGCAUCUGUCGCGCAUCCUGCACGACCACUACGCCAAGGCGGGGAGUCGGUGGUGGGUUGGGCCUAAGAUCCCGACGCUGGGCGAGGCGCGUGGUAAGGUUAUUCUUAUGCGUCGGUUUGAAUUGCAGCAGAAGCUGAAGGACGCGCAUGGUGGGCAUGGUUGGGGUAUUGAUGCUGCUGAGUGGGAGGACAAUACUCCCAACGCUAAGUGUCCCAGUGGCCAGCUCUGCAUCCAGGAUUUCUAUGAGGUGCUGGAGAGUAUGAAUAUCGAGCAUAAGAUCAAGUUCGUCGCAGAGCAGAUUGAUCGGGCUAGCUGCUGUCGCUAUCCGUUUGGCGUUCAGCCUGAUAUGCAUGCGACAAAGGCUUUCCCCUUCUAUGUUAAUUUCUUGAGUGCCAGUAACUUCUGGAAGACGAAUACAUGGCCCGAGAAGAUUGCUGCCAAGGUCAACCCGGCUACCGUGCAUUAUAUCUGUCGCCGAGGUAAAGAGCAUGAUGCCGACUGCUCGACGGGUAUUCUUGUUACGGACUGGGUUGGCUUGAAUGGAGAUUGGGAUCUUGUGCGCUGCGUUGUGGGCAUGAAUGCCAAACUGCGUUUGAGACAGGAUUAG